CCCCCCGCCGCCCGCCUCGCACGCCCUCGGAAGCACGCAGGCUUGAGGCGCUGCUCUGGGGGGCUCCCCGGCACCCCAACCUCUCGUCCCCAGCCCGCAGCACCUCCGGCCCCCUCCUUACCCUCGAGAGGCACCAGGAGUUGUCGCAGGGGGGCCUUGGGAAAUUCCCUGGACCCCUGUGCCAGGAGGUGCCCGGUGCGCCCGCCCGCCCCCCCCACCCCGAGGGCGGUGCCCGGGGGCGCUGCCCCAUGGAGCGGGGAGGCGGGCGCCGUCUGCUCCCGGAGCCGUGACCCGAGUCGGAGCUGUGUGUCGCAGCCGCCCCAACCCCCGUGGAUCAUGCGCCGUCGCCCCUGGCUCGCCGGUCCCGCCGGGCUGUGAGCCCCCCACUCCUGGCCCGUGACGGCCCGCGCGCCAUGGGCAGCACCCACCCUUGCCCCUGGCCGCGGCUCCGACCUCGGCCUCAGCCGCGGCCCGCGCUCUGCGCGCUCCUCUUCUUCUUACUGCUGCUGGCUACCGCCGUGCCCAGGUCUGCACCCAACGACAUUCUGGGCCUCCGCCUCCCCCCGGAGCCCGUGCUCAAUGCCAACACGGUGUGCCUGACAUUGCCGGGCCUGAGCAGGAGGCAGAUGGAAGUGUGUGUGCGUCACCCCGAUGUGGCCGCCUCGGCCAUCCAGGGCAUCCAGAUCGCCAUCCACGAGUGCCAGCACCAGUUCCGGGACCAGCGCUGGAAUUGCUCCAGUCUGGAGACUCGCAACAAGAUCCCCUACGAGAGCCCCAUCUUCAGCCGAGGCUUUCGAGAGAGCGCCUUCGCCUACGCCAUCGCCGCAGCCGGGGUCGUACACGCCGUGUCCAAUGCCUGUGCCCUGGGUAAACUGAGGGCGUGCGGCUGCGACGCCUCCCGGCGCGGGGACGAGGAGGCCUUCCGCCGGAAGCUGCACCGCCUGCAGCUGGACGCGCUCCAGCGUGGUAAGGGCCUGAGCCACGGGGUCCCGGAACACCCGGCCCUGCCCCCUGCCAGCCCGGGCCUGCAGGACUCCUGGGAGUGGGGCGGCUGUAGCCCCGACGUGGGCUUCGGGGAGCGCUUCUCUAAGGACUUUCUGGACUCCAGGGAGCCUCACAGAGACAUCCACGCGCGCAUGAGGCUCCACAACAACCGAGUUGGGAGGCAGGCGGUGAUGGAGAACAUGCGGCGGAAGUGCAAGUGCCACGGCACGUCGGGCAGCUGCCAGCUCAAGACGUGCUGGCAGGUGACGCCGGAGUUCCGCGCCGUGGGGGCGCUGCUGCGCAGCCGCUUCCACCGCGCCACGCUCAUCCGGCCGCACAACCGCAACGGCGGCCAGCUGGAGCCCGGCCCCGCUGGGGCCCCCUCGCCCGCCCCGGGCGUCCCGGGGCCGCGGCGCCGCGCCAGCCCCGCCGACCUCGUCUACUUCGAGAAGUCCCCCGACUUCUGCGAGCGCGAGCCGCGCCUGGACUCGGCGGGCACCGUGGGCCGCCUGUGCAACAAGAGCAGCGCGGGCCCCGACGGCUGCGGCAGCAUGUGCUGCGGCCGCGGCCACAACAUCCUGCGCCAGACGCGCAGCGAGCGCUGCCACUGCCGCUUCCACUGGUGCUGCUUCGUCGUCUGCGAGGAGUGCCGCAUCACCGAGUGGGUCAGCGUCUGCAAGUGAGCGGAGGUCUCCCCAGCCGGAGCCCGGCCCUCUGCCGCUUGCCAGCUUGGCGCUCCGGGACAGCGUCGUCGUCCAGACUCCUGGGAGAGGAGUUUGGACCCUCUGAUCGGAGAGGGACUUCCCGGUUCGGAGGGUCAGAUCGGCAAUCAAGGGGCAGUCCACUCUGCCUGGACGCCACGCCUCACUUCUGUGGGCGCUCGUUGCCCCAGGCUCAGUCAUCUCAGUUGGGCUGGGAAUUGACCCACACCCAGGGCAAGGGCGAUUGUCAUCCGGGCAGUCUCUGGGCCUUUCCCAUUUCCUGUCUUCACCUCUUCCCCCUGGAGAGAGAGUGAACGGAAGCUGAUGGUCAGGGGGAGGAUGAUUAGAAAAGAAAAAAAUGGACAUCAUUGAGCUGAAGUGAUUCUGUAGAGGCCACAGAUGCCCUCCCCCAAGGGCCUCUUCUCCUCAUCGUUCAUGUUCAUUUAACAAAUAUUUAUUUUGCACUUUUUUGUGGCCUGGCACUCUGCAGGGGACGAAGGGUGCUGAGGAUACAGAUGUGAAUAAGAGAGACACAGCACCUGCCCUUUUGGAGUUUACAUUCUGGUUGGGGGAGAGGGACAAUAAACAAGUAAACACAUGAACGAGGUCAUCUCAGACGAUGCUCUGUGCGGUGAAGAAAAUAAAGCUUGGAGCUGGAUGUAGAGUGAUUUGUGGGGAGUGGGGCCCCUUUAUUUUUUGUUUGC